AUGAGGUUACGGAGCCUGCAUUCCACCCUGCUGCUUCUCGUCGUUUGCGCGCUAGCAGCGAAUUAUCCGCUACUCGCGGAUUCGCGAGUGCUGUCAAGAGCCGAGAUAGACAGAAUCCAAGCGGUGAAGGCGGCCGUUGACAGCCAUGCGAGCGUGCUCGCGGGGGAGCGUUGGGUGCGCACCUAUGGCAACUUCCGCGUGGCGCGGGAAUUGAAUAUCGGCCAGACGCCUUCCGCCGCGCCUGAGGGCCCCGUGGUAGCGGCGGCAUCUGCGGCGCGCGAAUCCAUCGGGCUGCUGGGAAUCAAAUCUUUCUUCGAAGACGCCGCUGAUGCCGCCAGCGGCAAUGGCGCCUCUGAUCCCGCCAGCGCCGAUAACGGCGCCGCAGCUACAGCCGGGCCGUUUGUUGCGGCGGGGAACGACGCGAGCGUCGCGAAUGCGCUUGCGAACGGCGCGACGGACAGCAGCAGCGGAGCGUCGACCUCGUCGUUGCCCUCCUCCUCCUCCGCAGCUACCACCGGGCCGUUUGUGGCGGUGGGGAACGAUGCGAGCGUCGCGAAUGCUCUGGAGAACGGCGGAACUGACAGCAGCAGCGGAGCCUCGUCCUCCCCCUCCUCCUCGUCGUCGUCGUCGUCCCCGGAUUCAGCCCCUGUGUUCAAGGCCAAGGGGUGGAUGCUCCCUCACACCCAGCAGCCUUCAGGUGUUGCCCAAAACCCCAUCGCGUUCCACGGGGGGGCAGUCCUAUCGGACCCAAUCACCGUCUACCUCAUCUGGCACGGCACCUGGACGGACGAGCGCAAGGCGCCCGUGCGCGCGUUCAUUCGGUCGCUGGCGGACGCGGGCGCGGGCGGGGCGGGGGAUGGCGCGGGGCGGAGCAGCGUGGCGGGGAGUGUGCGCGAGUGGUGGAACGUCAACCGGCUGUACCAUUCGGGGCGCGAGCACGUCGCUGGGAGCAUCGUUCUCGGGACCCCCGAGGUGGAGAUAGAGGCGGCGAGCAGUGGCGAGGGGCAGCCGCCCGCAUCCAAGAACGAGAUCAACGCCAUCAUCAACUACCAGCUCCGUUCGCGCACGCUCCCCCGCCACGAUUCAGCCAUCUACGCAGUCUUCACCUCUGAUGACAUCGACAUGGCCGGCUUUGGCUCGUCCUUUUGCGCCUUCCAUGACGUCAGCACGGUGCACUUCACCUGGACGGGCAUGCCGUCCAGGUUCAUCCCCCAGUGCACGCAUGCAGCCGCCCCAGGUAACACCUACCCCCACGGGGACAGGGCACUGGCUGGGCUGAUCUCCAACUUCGCCCAUGUGCUCGCCGCAGCUGCGGCGAAUCCGAACCUGUUGUCUUGGUUCGACAAGGAGGGUCGGGAGGCCAUGGGUCUGUGCGGUAACAACUUUGGCACGGUGUAUACCAGUAGAGAUCCGCUGCCGGUGGAGUACAAUGCGGUGGGGAGGGGUGGAGAGCGGUUUCUGCUGCCCACGAACCUCAACCCUGUGACUGGUAGCUGCAUGAACGGCCUGUCAGUCGCGCCGGGUCAAUGCGGGCCCAAGUUUUUCGGAUUCCCUUGUGACACAGUCACCGCGACCGAGGCUGACACCGAACCUGCUGCCGAAGCUGCCGCCGCAGGCUCGGACAGUCUGGGGAGUGGGGCAGGGUUGGGGUUGGGAGUGGUGGCAGCGAGUGUGUUUGGGGGAGAGGCGGAAAAAGCAGUGGUUGGUGGGGAGGGGGAUGCAAGGAAAGUCAAGGACCCUCGAGUGGCUGAAGCAGAGGCAGCAGGGCUCGAUCUAUCAGUUGGGGGGAAGAACGUGGGGAGAUUCUUAGAACCUGGACAGUUUGACCCGGCUAAGGGGGACAGAGACGAGGACGAUGGGAUCAAGGGGCAGGGUGCGGGAAGCACGGACGAUUCAGGUGCGGGUGCGGGUUCGAACGUGUUUGAGAGCACGGGGUAUGCGGAUGGGGGUGAGAAGGAGAAGGAGGAGGAGAGGCACGAGGGAGGUGAUGCGUAUGGUGGUACGAAGGGUGGUGAUCCGUUUGCUGUGGAAAGGGUAGGGGAAGAGGGGGUGGGGGCGGAUGAGGAGGUGGGGACAGGCGAGAAGGUGGGAGCAGGUGCUGGCUCAGGGUCACAGGAGAAUAGUGAGGCCAAGGGCCAUGGUCAUGGUGAUGGUAAUGGUGAUGGUGAUGGUGAUGGUGAUGGUGAUGAUGUGUUUCAGAGCACAGGGUACCCGGAUGGCUCAGUGGACGAGGAGGAGAGCAAGCAUAAGACAGGUGCUGGUGCAGGAGUUGAGGAGAAGAGUGAGGGCAGGGGAGACGGCGACAGUGAUGGUGAUGAUGUGUUUCAGAGCACCUGGUACCCGGAUGGCUCAGCGGACGAGGAGGUGGGGGCAGGGGAGGAAGUGGGGGCAGGCGCUGGUGCAGGAGCAGAGGAGAAGGGUGAGGGUAAGGGAGAUGGUGACAAUGAUGAAGACGAUGUGUUUCAGAGCACAGGGUACCCGGAUGGCCCAGGGGACGAGGACGAGAGCAAGCAUAAGGCAGGUGGUGGGGGAGGCGGGAGUGUGGGGGCGGAGGGGAAGGCUCAACCGGGGGAGGUGAACCCGUUUGUGCACCACUCCAACCCGGAUGAUGCUAAUUCUGCUGCUGCUGCUGCUGCUUUGGCUGGGGGAGGUACUGCUGGUGGUGAUGAUGGUGGCAACGGGGAGGGUAGUACUAGUGAGGGUAGCACGGGGGAUGAUAGUGGCAGUGGCGUGGGUGCUGAUGAUGAGGAAACCAGUGAGAGUGGUGAUGGGGACGUAUUUGAGAGGCUUGGGUAUUCUGAAGCGGGUGGGGACGUGGAGGGUGGGGAGGGAGGGGAGCAGGGUGAGGGGAGUGAGAAGGAGGAUGGCAGUGGAGACGCCUCUAAUGUGUUUGAAAACACAGGGUACCCCGAUAGCGACCAUGCCAGUGCUGCCAGUGCUGCUAGCAACGAUGCACACCCAUCAGCCCUGUUCCCAGGCGGCGACAGUGCACCGACUAAUGUGUUCGAUGACUUGGGGGACGGGGGCAGUGAGGAGGUGGGAGUGGACGGAGCGGGGGAGGGUAGCAGCAGCAAGGCGUCAGGGGGGUUGGUGUCGGGUGGGUUCCAGGCAGGGUUAUCAGCGGGGUUUGAGUUUGAUCUGUCGCAGUUCAAGCUGGGCGAGAGGGAAAGCCCUUCUGCUCCCCACUUGUUCCCCGACGCCGCCACUGCUGCGGCAGGGGGGGCGCAGGGGGAGGUGCAGCAGCCGCAGCAGCCGCCGCAGCAGCCGCAACAGCAGCAGGAGGGGGAGAAGUGGGUGUUUUCAGGAGCGCUCUCUGUUGGGCGCCUCUCUGUUGGGCGCCUCUCUGCUGGGCGCCUCUCUGCUGGGCGCCUCUCUGCUGGGCGCCUCUCUGUUGGGCGCCUCUCUGUUGGGCGCCUCUCUGCUGGGCGCCUCUCUGCUGGGCGCCUCUCUGCUGGGCGCCUCUCUGCUGGGCGCCUCUCUGUUGGGCGCCUCUCUGUUGGGCGCCUCUCUGCUGGGCGCCUCUCUGCUGGGCGCCUCUCUGCUGGGCGCCUCUCUGCUGGGCGCCUCUCUGUUGGGCGCCUCUCUGUUGGGCGCCUCUCUGCUGGGCGCCUCGCCUCUAAAAGGCGCCUCUCCUCUAAGAGGCGUCCCUCCUCUAAGAGGCGUCCCUCCUCUAAGAGGCGUCCCUCCUCUAAGAGGCGUCCCUCCUCUACGAGGCGCCUCUCCUCUAAGUGGUGCCCCUCCUCUAAGAGGCGUCCCUCCUCUAAGAGGCGUCCCUCCUCUAAGAGGCGUCCCUCCUCUAAGAGGCGUCCCUCCUCUAAGAGGCGUCCCUCCUCCAAGAGGCGUCCCUCCUCUAAGAGGCGCCUCUCCUCUAAGUGGUGCCCCUCCUCUAAGAGGCGCCCCUCCUCUUUGAGUGGUCACACCACAGAGGAGUGUCGCCCGAGUCACACCACAGAGGAGUGGCGAGGAGUGGCGCCCGAGUCACACCACAGAGGAGUGGCACCCGAGUCACACCACAGAGGAGUGGCGCCCGAGUCACACCACAGAGGAGUGGCGCCCGAGUCACACCACAGAGGAGUGGCGCCCGAGUCACACCACAGAGGAGUGGCGCCCGAGUCACACCACAGAGGAGUGGCGCCCGAGUCACACCACAGAGGAGUGGCGCCCGAGUCACACCACAGAGGAGUGGCGCCCGAGUCACACCACAGAGGAGUGGCGCCCGAGUCACACCACAGAGGAGUGGCGCCCGAGUCACACCACAGAGGAGUGGCGCCCGAGUCACACAACAGAGGAGUGGCGCCCGAGUCACACACAGAGGAGUGGCGCCCGAGUCACACCACAGAGGAGUGGCGCCCGAGUCACACGACAGAGGACCCAUUCUCCCGCUUUCCAUCACCCAGCCCCAUUCUCCCGCUUUCCAUCACCCCGCCCCAUUCUCCCGCUUUCCACCACCCCGCCCCAUUCUCCCGCUUUCCAUCACCCCGCCCCAUUCUCCCGCUUUCCAUCACCCAGCCCCAUUCUCCCGCUUUCCAUCACCCCGCCCCAUUCUCCCUCCUUCCAUCACCCCGCCCCAUUCUCCUGCUUUCCAUCACCCCGUCCCAUUCUCCCUCCUUCCAUCACCCCGCCCCAUUCUCCCUCCUUCCAUCACCCCGCCCCAUUCUCCCGCUUUCCAUCAGCCCGCCCCGUUCUCCCGCUUCCCAUAACCCCACCCCCUUCUCCCGCUUUCGAUCACCCCGCCACAUUCUCCCGCUUUCUAUCACCCCGCCCCAUUCUCCCUCCUUCCAUCACCCCGCCCCAUUCUCCCGCUUUCCAUCACUCCGCCCCAUUCUACCGCUUUCCAUCAUCCCGCCCCAUUCUCCCUCCUUCCAUCACCCCGCCACAUUCUCCCGCUUUCCAUCACUCCGCCCCAUUCACCCUCCUUCCAUCACCCCGCCCCAUUCUCCCUCCUUCCAUCACCCCGCCCCAUUCUCCCGCUUUCCAUCACCCCGCCCCAUUCUCCCGCUUCCCAUAACCCCACCCUAUUCUCCCGCUUUCCAUCACCCCGCCACAUUCUCCCACUUUCCAUCACCCCGCCCCCUUCUCUCUCCCUCCAUCACCCCGCCCCAUUCUCCCUCCUUCCAUCACCCCGCCCCAUUCUCCCGCUUUCCAUCAGCCCGCCCCAUUCUCCCGCUUUCCAUCACCCCUCCCCUUUCUCCCACUUUCCAUCUCCCCGCCCCAUUCUCCCGCUUUCCAUCACCCCGCCCCAUUCUCCCGCUUUCCAUCACCCCGCCCCAUUCUUCCGCUUCCCAUCAUCCCGCCCCAUUCCCCCGCUUUCCAUCUCCCCUCCCCAUUCUCCCUCCUUCCAUCACCCUGCCCCAUUCUCUCGCUUUCCAUCACCCCGCCCCAUUCUCCUGCUUUCCAUCACGCCGCCCCAUUCUCCCGCUUUCCAUCACCUCGCCCCAUUCUCCCACUUUCCAUCACCCCAGCCCAUUCUUCCUCCUUCCAUCACCCCGCCCCAUUCUCCCGCUGUCCAUCACCCCGCCCUAUUCUCCCUCCUUCCAUCACCCCGCCCCAUUCUCCCUCAUUCCAUCACCCCGCCCCAUUCUCCCGCUUUCCAUCACCCCGCCCCAUUCUCCCUCCUUCCAUCACCCCGCCCCAUUCUCCCUCAUUCCAUCACCCCGCCCCAUUCUCCCGCUUUCCAUCAUCCCGCCCCAUUCUCCCUCCUUCCAUCACCCCGCCCCAUUCUCCCGCUUUCCAUCACUCCGCCCCAUUCUCCCUCCUUCCAUCACCCCGCCCCAUUCUCCCUCCUUCCAUCACCCCGCCCCAUUCUCCCGCUUUCCAUCACCCCACCCCAUUCUCCUGCUUUCCAUCACCCCCCCACCCCAUUCUCCCGCUGUCCAUCACUCUGCCCCUUUCUCCCGCUUUCCAUCACCCUGCCCCAUCCUCCCGCUUUCCAUCACCCCGCCCCAUUCUCCCGCUUUCCAUCACCCCGCCCCUUUCUCCCGCUUUCCAUCACUCCGCCCCAUUCUCCCGCUUUCCAUCACCCCGACCCAUUCUCCCACUUUCCAUCACCCCGCCCCAUUCUCCCUCCUUCCAUCACCCCGCCUCAUUCUCCCUCCUUCCAUCACCCCGCCCCAUUCUCCCGCUUUCCAUCACCCCGCCCCAUUCUCCCGCUUUCCAUCACUUAGCCCCAUUCUCCCGCUUACCAUCACCAGGCCCCAUUUUCCCGCUUUCCAUCAUCCCGCCCCAUUCUCCCGCUUUCCAUCACCCUGCCCCAAUCUCCCGCUUUCCAUCACCCAGCCCCAUUCUCCCUCCUUCCAUCACCCCGCCCCAUUCUCCCGCUUUCCAUCACCCCGCCCCAUUCUCCCGCUUUUCAUCACCCAGCCCCAUUCUCUCGCUUUCUAUCACCCCGCCCCAUUCUCCCGCUUUCCAUCACCCCGCCCCAUUCUCCCGCUUUCCAUCACCCCGCCCCAUUCUCCCUCCUUCCAUCACCCCGCCCCAUUCUCCCGCUUUCCAUCACCCCGCCCCAUUCUCCCUCCUUCCAUCACCCCGCCCCAUUCUCCCUCCUUCCAUCACCCCGCCCCAUUCUCCCGCUUUCCAUCACCCCGCCCCAUUCUCCCGCUUCCCAUAACCCCACCCCAUUCUCCCGCUUUCCAUCACCCCGCCACAUUUUCCCACUUUCCAUCACCCCGCCCCCUUCUUCCUUCUUCCAUCACCCCGGCCCAUUCUCCCUCCUUCCUUCACCCCGCCCCAUUCUCCCGCUUUCCAUCACCCUGCCCCAUUCUCCCGCUUUCCAUCACAGCGCCCCAUUCUCCCGCUUUCCAACACCCCGCCCCAUUCUUCCGCUUCCCAUCAUCCCGCCCCAUUCCCCCGCUUUCCAUCACCCCUCCCCAUUCUCCCUCCUUCCAUCACCCCGCCCCAUUCUCCUACUUACCAUCACCCGCCCCAUUCUCCCCCUUUCCAUCACCUUGCCCCAUUCUCCCGCGUUCCAUCACCCCGCCCCAUUCUUCUGCUUUCCAUCACCCCGCCCCAUUCUCCCGCUUUCCAUCACCCUGCCCCAUUCACCCGCUUUCCAUCACCCGCCCCAUUCUCCCGCUUUCCAUCACCCCGCCCCGUUCUCCCGCUUUCCAUCACCCCGCCCCAUUCUCCCGCUUUUCAUCACCCCGCCCCAUUCUCCCGCUUUCCAACACCCCAGCCCAUUCUCUCGCUUUCCAUCACCCCGCCCCCUUCUUCCUCCUUCCAUCACCCGCCCCAUUCUCCCGCUUUCCAUCACCCCGCUCCAUUCUCCCGCUUUCCAUCUCCCUGCCCCAUUCUCCCGCUUUCCAUCACCCCGCCCCAUUCUCCCGCUUUCCAUCACCCCUCCCCAUUCUCCCGCUUCCCAUCAUCCCGCCCCAUUCCCCCGCUUUCCAUCACCCCUCCCCAUUCUCCCUCCUUCCAUCACCCCGCCCCAUUCUCCCGCUUUCCAUCACCCCGCCCCAUUCUCCCUCCUUCCAUCACCCCGCCCCAUUCUCCCUCCUUCCAUCACCCCGCCCCAUUCUCCCGCUUUCCAUCACCCUGCCCCAUUCUCCCGCUUCCCAUAACCCCACCCCAUUCUCCCGCUUUCCAUCACCCCGCCACAAUCUUCCACUUUCCAUCACCCUGCACCCUUCUCUCUCCUUCCAUCACCCCGCCCCAUUCUCCCUCUUUCCAUCACCCCGCCCCAUUCUCCCGCUUUCCAUCAGCCCGCCCCAUUCUCCCGCUUUCCAUCACCCUGCCCCAUUCUCCCGCUUUCCAUCACCCCGCCCCAUUCUUCCGCUUCCCAUCAUCCCGCCCCAUUCCCCCGCUUUCCAUCACCCCUCCCCAUUCUCCCUCCUUCUAUCACCCCGCCCCAUUCUCUCGCUUUUCAUCACCCCACCCCAUUCUCCCGCUUUCCAUCACCCGACCCAUUCUCCCGCUUUCCAUCACCCCGCCCCAUUCUCCCUCCUUCCAUCACCCCGCCCCAUUCUCCUGCUUUCCAUCACCCCGCCCCAUUCUCCCUCCUUCCAUCACCCCGCCCCAUUCUCCCUCAUUCCAUCACCCCGCUCCAUUCUCCCGCUCUUCCACCUUCCAUCACCCCGCCCCCUUCUCUCUCCUUCCAUCACCCCGCCCCAUUCUCCCUCCUUCCAUCACCCCGCCCCAUUCUCCCGCUUUCCAUCAGCUCGCCCCAUUCCCCCGCUUUCCAUCAUCCCUCCCCUUUCUCCCGCUUUCCAUCUCCCCGCCCCAUUCUCCCGCUUUCCAUCACCCCGCCCCAUUCUCCCGCUUUCCAUCACCCCGCCCCAUUCUUCCGCUUCCCAUCAUCCCGCCCCAUUCCCCCGCUUUCCAUCACCCCUCCCCAUUCUCCCUCCUUCUAUCACCCCGCCCCAUUCUCUCACUUUCCAUCAUUCCGCCCCAUUCUCCCGCUUUCCAUCACCCCGACCCAUUCUCCUGCUUUCCAUCACCCCGCCCCAUUCUCCCUCCUUCCAUCACCCCGCCCCAUUCUCCCGCUUUCCAUCACUCGCCCCAUUCUCCCUCCUUCCAUCACCCCGCCCCAUUCUCCCGCUUUCCAUCAGCCCACCCCAUUCUCCCGCUUUCCAUCACCCCGCCCCUUUCUCCCGCUUUCCAUCUCCCCGCCCCAUUCUCCCGCUUUCCAUCACACCGCCCCAUUCUCCCGCUUUCCAUCACCCCGCCCCAUUCUUCCGCUUCCCAUCAUCUCGCCCCAUUCCCCCGCUUUCCAUCACCCCUCCCCAUUCUCCCUCCUUCCAUCACCCCGCCCCAUUCUCCCACUUUCCAUCACCCGCCCCAUUCUCCCGCUUUCCAUCACCUCGCCCCACUCUCCCGCUUUCCAUCACCCCCCCCCAUUCUUCUGCUUUCCAUCACCCCGCCCCAUUCUCCCGCUUUCCAUCACCCUGCCCCAUUCUCCCGCUUUCCAUCACCCCGCCCCAUUCUCCCGCUUUCCAAUACCCGCCCCAUUCUCCUGCUUUCCAUCACCCCGCCCCAUUCUCCCGCUUUCCAUCACCCCGCCCCAUUCUCCCGCUUUCCAUCACCCCGCCCCAUUCUCCCGCUUUCCAACACCCCAGCCCAUUCUCUCGCUUACCAUCACCCCGCCCCCUUCUUCCUCCUUCCAUCACCCCGCCCCAUUAUCCCUCCUUCCUUCACCCCGCCCCAUGCUCCCGCUUUCCAUCACCCUGCCCCAUUCUCCCGCUUCCCAUCACGCCGCCCCAUUCUCCCGCUUUUCCAUCACCCCGCCCCAUUCUCCCUCCUUCCAUCACCCCGCCCCAUUCUCCCGCUUUCCAUCAUCCGGCCCCCUUCUCCCUCUUUCCAUCACCCCGCCCCAUUCUCCCUCCUUCCAUCACCCCGCCCCAUUCUCCCGCUUUCCAUCAGCCUGCCCCAUUCUCCCGCUUUCCAUCACCCCGCCCCUUUCUCCCGCUUUCCAUCUCCGUGCCCCAUUCUCCCGCUUUCCAUCACCCCGCCCCAUUCUCCCGCUUUCCAUCACCCCGCCCCAUUCUCCCGCUUCCCAUCAUCCCGCCCCAUUCUCCCGCUUUCUAUCACCCCGCCCCAUACUCCUUCCUUCCAUCACCCCGCCCCAUUCUCCCACUUUCCAUCACCCCGCCCCAUUCUCCCGCUUUCCACCACCCCGCCCCCUUCUCCCUCCUUCCAUCACCCCGCCCCAUUCUCCCUCCUUCCAUCACCCCGCCCCAUUCUUCCGCUUUUCAUCAGCCCGCCCCAUUCUCCCGCUUUCCAUCACCCCGCCCCUUUCUCCCGCUUUCCAUCUCCCUGCUCCAUUCUCCCGCUUUCCAUCACCCCGCCCCAUUCUCCCGCUUUCCAUCACCCCGCCCCAUUCUCCCGCUUCCCAUCAUCCUGCCCCAUUCCCCCGCUUUCCAUCACCCCUCCCCAUUCUCCCCUCUUCCAUCACCCCGCCCCAUUCUCCCGCUUUCCAUCACCCCGCCCCAUUCUCCCUCCUUCCAUCACCCCGCCCCAUUCUCCCUCCUUCCAUCACCCCGCCCCUUUCUCCCGCUUUCCAUCACCCCGCCCCAUUCUCCCGCUUCCCAUAACCCCACCCCAUUCUCCCGCUUUCCAUCACCCCGCCACAGUCUUCCACCUUCCAUCACCCCGCCCCCUUCUCUCUCCUUCCAUCACCCCGCCCCAUUCUCCCUCCUUCCAUCACCCCGCCCCAUUCUCCCGCUUUCCAUCAGCUCGCCCCAUUCUCCCGCUUUCCAUCAUCCCUCCCCUUGCUCCCGCUUUCCAUCUCCCCGCCCCAUUCUCCCGCUUUCCAUCACCCCGCCCCAUUCUCCCGCUUUCCAUCACCCCGCCCCAUUCUCCCUCCCUCCAUCACCCCGCCCCAUUCUCCCGCUUUCCAUCACCCCGCCCCAUUCUCCCUCCUUCCAUCACCCCGCCCCAUUCUCCCGCUUUCCAUCACCCUGCCCCAUUCCUCCGCUUUCCAUCACCCCGCACCAUUCUCCCGCUUUCCAUCACCCCGCCCCAUUCUCCCGCUUUCCAUCACCCUGCCCCAUUCUCCCGCUUUCCAUCACCCCGCGCCAUUCUUCCGCUUUCCUUCACCCUGCCCCCUUCUCCCUCCUUCCAUCACCCCGCCCAAUUCUCCCUCCUUCCAUCACCCCGCCCCAUUCUCCCGCUUUCCAUCAGCCCGCCCCAUUCUCCCGCUUUCCAUCACCCCGCCCCUUUCUCCCGCUUUCCAUCUCCCUGCCCCAUUCUCCCGCUUUCCAUCACCCCGCCCCAUUCUCCCGCUUUCCAUCACCCCGCCCCAUUCUCCCGCUUCCCAUCAUCCCGCCCCAUUCCCCCGCUUUCCAUCACCCCUCCCCAUUCUCCCUCCUUCCAUCACCCCGCCCCAUUCUCCCGCUUUCCAUUACAUGCCCCAUUCUCCCGCUUUCCAUCACCCCGCCCCAUUCUCCCGCUUUCCAUCACCCAGCCCCAUUCACCCGCUUUCCAUCACCCGCCCCAUUCUCCUGCUUUCCAUCACCCCGCCCCAUUCUCCCACUUUCCAUCACCCCGCCCCAUUCUCCCGCUUUUCAUCACCCCGCCCCAUUCUCCCGCUUUCCAACACCCCACCCCAUUCUCCCGCUUUCCAUCACCCCGCCCCAUUCUCCCGCUUUCCAUCACCCCGCCCCAUUCUCCCUCCUUCCAUCACCCCGCCUCAUUCUCCCUGCUUCCAUCACCCCGCCCCAUUCUCCCGCUUUCCAUCACCCCGCCCCAUUCUCCCGCUUUCCAUCACCCAGCCCCAUUCUCCCACUUUCCAUCACCCCGCCCCAUUUUCCCGCUUUCUAUCACCCUGCCCCAUUCUCACGCUUUCCAUCACCCUGCCCCAAUCUCCCGCUUUCCAUCACCCCGCCCCAUUCUCCCUCCUUCCAUCACCCCGCCCCAUUCUCCCACUUUCCAUCACCCCGCCCCAUUCUCCCGCUUUCCAUAACCCUGCCCCAUUCUCCCUCCUUCCAUCACCCGCCCCGUUCUCCCUCCUUCCAUCACCCCGCCCCUUUCUCCCUCCUUCCAUCACCCCGCCCUAUUCUCCCGCUUUCCAUCAGCCCGCCCCAUUCUCCCGCUUUCCAUCACCCCGCCCCAUUCUCCCGCCUUCCAUCACCCCGCCCCAUUCUCCCGCUUUCCAUCACCCCGCCCCAUUCUCCCGCUUUCGAUCACCCCACCCCAUUCUCCCGCUUUCCAUCACCCCGCCCCAUUCUCCCGCUUUCCAUCACCCCGCCCCAUUCUCCCGCUUUCCAUCUCCCCGCCCUAUUCUCCCUCCUUCCAUCACCCCGCCUCAUUCUACCUCCUUCCAUCACCCCGCCCCAUGCUCCCGCUUUCCAUCACCCCGCCCCAUUCUACCGCUUUCCAUCACCCCACCCCAUUCUCCCUCCUUCCAUCACCCCGCCCCAUUCUCCUGCUUUCCAUCAGCCCACCCCAUUCUCCCGCUUUCCAUCUCCCCGCCCCAUUCUCCCUCCUUCCAUGACCCCGCCUCAUUCUACCUCCUUCCAUCACCCCGCCCCAUGCUCCCGCUUUCCAUCACACCGCCCGAUUCUCCCGCUUUCAAUCACCGCGCCCUAUUCUCCUGCUUUCCAUCACCCCGCCCCAUUCUCCCGCUUUCCAUUACCCCUCCCCAUUCUCCCUCCUUCCAUCACCCCGCCCCAUUCUCCCGCUUUCCAUCACCCCGCGCUAUUCUCCCUCCUUCCAUCACCCCGCCCCAUUCUCCCGCUUUCCAUCACCCCGCCCCAUUCUCCCGCUUCCCACAACCCUACCUCAUUCUCCCGCUUUCCAUCAACCCCCCACAUUCUCCCGCUUUCCAUCACCCCGCCCCAUUCUCCAUCCUUCCAUCCUUUCCAUUACCCGCCCCAUUCUCCCGCUUUCCAUCACCUUGCCCCAUCUCCCUCUUUCCAUCACCCCGCCCUAUUCUUCUGCUUUCCAUCACCCCGCCCCAUUCUCCUGCUUUCCAUCACCCCGCCCCAUUCACCCGCUUUCCAUCACCCCGCUCCAUUCUCCCGCUUUCCAUCACUCCGCCCCAUUCUCCCGCUUUACAUCACCCCGCCCCAUUCUCCUGCUUUCCAUCACCCCGCCCCAUUCUCCCUCCUUCCAUCACUCCGCCUCAUUCUCCCUCCUUCCAUCACCCCCCCCCAUUCUCCCGCUUUCCAUCACCCCGCCCUAUUCUCCCGCUUUCCAUCACCGAGCCCCAUUCUCCCACUUUCCAUCACCCCGCCUUAUUUUCCCGCUUUCUAUCACCCCGCCCCAUUCUCACGCUUUCCAUCACCAUGCCCCAAUCUCCCGCUUUCCAUCACCCCGCCCCAUUCUCCCUCCUUCCAUCACCCCGCCCCAUGCUCCCGCUUUCCAUCACCCCGCCCCAUUCUCCCGCUUUCCAUAACCCCGCCUCAUUCUCCCUCCUCCCAUCACCCGCCCCAUUCUCCCUCCUUCCAUCACCCCGCCCCAUUCUCCCUCCUUCCAUCACCCCGCCCCAUGCUCCCGCUUUCCAUCACACCGCCCGAUUCUCCCGCUUUCAAUCACCGCGCCCUAUUCUCCUGCUUUCCAUCACCCCGCCCCAUUCUCCCGCUUUCCAUCACCCCGCCCCAUUCUCCCUCCUUCCAUCACCCCGCCUCAUUCUACCUCCUUCCAUCACCCCGCCCCAUGCUCCCGCUUUCCAUCACCCCGCCCCAUUCUCCCGCUUUUCAUCACCCGCCCCAUUCUCCCACUUUCCAUCACCCCGCCCCAUUCUCCCGCUUUCCAUCACCCUGCCCCAUUCUCCCUCCUUCCAUCACCCCGCCCCAUUCUCUCGCUUUCCAUCAGCCCACCCCAUUCACCCGCUUUCCAUCACACCGCCCCAUUCUCCCGCUUUCCAUCACCCCGCCCCAUUCUCCCGCUUUCCAUCACCCCGCCCCAUUCUCCCAUCACCCCGCCCCAUUCUCCCGCUUUCCAUCACCACGCCCCAUUCUCCCGUUUUCCAUCACCCCGCCCCAUUCUCCCGCUUUCCAUCACUACGCCCCAUUCUCCCGCUUUCCAUCACCCCGCCCCAUUCUCCUGCUUUCCAUCACCCCGCCCCAUUCUUCUCCUUCCAUCACCCCGCCUCAUUCUACCUCCUUCCAUCACCCCGCCCCAUUCUCCCGCUUUCCAUCACCCCGCCCCAUUCUCCCGCUUUCCAUCACCCCGCCCCAUUCUCCCGCUCUCCAUCACCACGCCCCAUUCUCCCACUUUCCAUCACCCCGCCCCAUUCUCCCUCCUUCCAUCACCCUGCCCCAUUCUCCCGCUUUCCCCCUCCCCAUUCUCCCGCUUUCCAUCACCCCGCCCCAUUCUCUCGCUUUUCAUCACCCCACCCCAUUCUCCCGCUUUCCAUCACCCCGCCCCCUUCUCCCUCCUUCCAUCACCCCGCCCCAUUCUCCCUCCUUCCAUCACCCCGCCCCAUUCUCCCACUUUCUAUCAGCCCGCCCCAUUCUCCCGCUUUCCAUCACCCCGCCCCUUUCUCCCGCUUUCCAUCUCCCCGCCCCAUUCUCCCGCUUUCCAUCACCCCGCCCCAUUCUCCCGCUUUCCAUCACCCCGCCCCAUUCUCCCACUUUCCAUCACCCCACCCCAUUCUCCCUCCUUCCAUCACCCCGCCUCAUUCUACCUCCUUCCAUCACCCCGCCCCAUGCUCCCGCUUUCCAUCACCCCGCCCCAUUCUCCCGCUUUUCAUCACCCCGCCCCAUUCUCCCGCUUUCCAUCACCCUGCCCCAUUCUCCCGCUUUCCAUCACCCCGCCCCAUUCUCCCUCCUUCCAUCACCCCGCCCCAUUCUCCCAUCACCCCGCCCCAUUCUCCCGCUUUCCAUCACCACGCCCCAUUCUCCCGCUUUCCAUCACCCCGCCCCAUUCUCCCGCUUUCCAUCACUCCGCCCCAUUCUCCCGCUUUCCAUCACCCCGCCCCAUUCUCCCGCUUUCCAUCAUCCCGCCCCAUUCUUCUCCUUCCAUCACCCCGCCUCAUUCUACCUCCUUCCAUCACCCCGCCCCAUUCUCCCGCUUUCCAUCACCCCGCCCAAUUCUCCCGCUUUCCAUCACCCCGCCCCAUUCUCCCGCUUUCCAUCACCACGCCCCAUUCUCCCGCUUUCCAUCACCCCGCCCCAUUCUCCCUCCUUCCAUGACCCUGCCCCAUUCUCCCGCUUUCCGUCACCCCGCCCCAUUCUCCCGCUUUCCAUAACCCCGCCCCAUUCUCCCGCUGUCCAUCAACCCGCCACAUUCUCCCACUUUCCAUCACCCCGCCCCAUUCUCCCGCCUUCCAUCACCCCGCCCCAUUCUUCCGCUUUCCAUCACCCCGCCCCAUUCUCUCACUUUCCAUCACCCCACCCCAUUCUCCCGCUUUCCAUCACCCCGCCCCCUUCUCCCUCCUUCCAUCACCCUGCCCCAUUCUCCCUCCUUACAUCACCCCGCCCCAUUCUCCCACUUUCUAUCAGCCCGCCCCAUUCUCCCGCUUUCCAUCUCCCCGCCCCUUUCUCCCGCUUUCCAUCACCCUGCCCCAUUCUCCUGCUUUCCAUCACCCCGCCCCAUUCUCCCGCUUCCCAUCAUCCCGCCCCAUUCCCCCGCUUUCCAUCACCCCUCCCCAUUCUCCCUCCUUCCAUCACCCCGCCCCAUUCUCCCGCUUUCCAUCACCCCGCCCCGUUCUCCCGCUUUCCAUCACCCCGCCCCAUCCUCCCGCUUUUCAUCACCCCGCCCCAUUCUCCCGCUUUCCAACACCCCGCCCCGUUCUCCCGCUUUCCAUCACCCCAACCCAUUCUCCCGCUUUCCAUCACCUCGCCCCAUUCUCCCGCUUUCCAUCACUCCGUCCCAUUCUCCCGCUUUCCAUCACCCCGCCCCAUUCUCCCGCUUUCCAUCAACCCGCUCCAUUCUCCCUCCUUCCAUCACCCCGCCUCAUUCUCCCUCCUUCCAUCACCCCACCCCAUUCUCCCGCUUUCCAUCACCCCGCCCCAUUCUCCCGCUUUCCAUCACCCCGCCCCAUUCUCCCGCUUUCCAUCACCCUCCCCCAUUCUCCCGCUUUCCAUCACCACAGCCCAUUCUCCCUCCUUCCAUCACCCCGCCCCAUGCUCCCGCUUUCCAUCACCCCGCCCCAUUCUACCGCUUUCCAUCACCCCACCCCCUUCUCCCUCCUUCCAUCACCCCGCCCCAUUCUCCUGCUUUCCAUCAGCCCACCCCAUUCUCCCGCUUUCCAUCUCCCCGCCCCAUUCUCCCUCCUUCCAUGACCCCGCCUCAUUCUACCUCCUUCCAUCACCCCGCCCCAUGCUCCCGCUUUCCAUCACACCGCCCGAUUCUCCCGCUUUCGAUCACCGCGCCCUAUUCUCCUGCUUUCCAUCACCCCGCCCCAUUCUCCCGCUUUCCAUCACCCCGCGCCAUUCUCCCUCCUUCCAUCACCCCGCCCCAUUCUCCCGCUUUCCAUCACCCCGCGCUAUUCUCCCUCCUUCCAUCACCCCGCCCCAUUCUCCCGCUUCCCAUAACCCUACCUCAUUCUCCCGCUUUCCAUCACCCCGCCCCAUUCUCCAUCCUUCCAUCGUCCCGCCCCAUUCUCCCGCUUUCCAUCACCCCGCCCCAUUCUCCCGCUUUCCAUCACGCCGCCCCCUUCUCCCUCCUUCCAUCACCCCGCCUCAUUCUACCUCCUUCCAUCACCCCGCCCCAUGCUCCCGCUUUCCAUCACCCCGCCCCAUUCUACCGCUUUCCAUCACCCCACCCCAUUCUCCCUCCUUCCAUCAACCCGCCCCAUUCUCCUGCUUUCCAUCAGCCCACCCCAUUCUCCCGCUUUCCAUCUCCCCGCCCCAUUCUCCCUCCUUCCAUGACCCCGCCUCAUUCUACCUCCUUCCAUCACCCCGCCCCAUGCUCCCGCUUUCCAUCACACCGCCCCAUUCUCCCGCUUUCGAUCACCGCGCCCCAUUCUCCUGCUUUCCAUCACCCCGCCCCAUUCUCCCGCUUUCCAUUACCCCGCCCCAUUCUCCCUCCUUCCAUCACCCCGCCUCAUUCUCCCGCUUUCCAUCAGCCCGCCUCUUUCUCCCGCUUUCCAUCUCCCUGCCCCAUUCUCCCGCUUUCCAUCAACCCGCCCCAUUCUCCCGCUUUCCAUCACCCCGCCCCAUUCUCCCGCUUUCCAUCACCCCGCCCCAUUCUCCCGCUUUCCAUCACCCUGCCCCAUUCUCCCUCCUUCCAUCACCCCACCCCAUUCUCCCUCCUUCCAUCACCCCGCCCCAUUCUCCCGCUUUCCAUCACCACGCCCCAUUCUCCCGCUUUCUAUCACCCCACCCCAUUCUCCAUCUUUUCAUCACCCCGCCCCGUUCUCCCGCUUUCCAUCACCCCGCACCAUUCUCCCGCUUUCCAUCACCCCGCACCAUUCUCCCGCUUUCCAUCACCCCGCACCAUUCUCCCGCUUUCCAUCACCCCGCCCAAUUCUCCCGCUUUCCAUCACCACGCCCCAUUCUCCCGCUUUCCAUCACCCCGCCCCAUUCUCCCACUUUCAAUCACCCCGCCCCAUUCUCCCUCCUUCCAUCACCCCACCCCAUUCUCCCUCCUUCCAUCACCCCGCCCCAUUCUCCCGCUUUCCAUCACCCCGCCCCAUUCUCCCGCUUUCUAUCACCCCACCCCAUUCUCCAUCUUUUCAUCACCCCGCCCCCCCCAUUCUCCCGCUUUCCAUCACCCCGCCCCAUUCCCCCUCCUUCCAUCACCCUGCCCCAUUCUCCCGCCUUCCAUCACCCCGCCCCAUUCUCUCGCUUUCCAUCACCCCGCCCCAUUCUCCCACUUUCCAUCACCCCGCCCCAUUCUCUCGCUUUCCAUCACCCGCCCCAUUCUCCCGCUUUCCAUCACCCCUCAUUCUCCCUCCUACCAUCACCCCGCCCCAUUCUCCCUCCUUCCAUCACCCCGACCCAUUCUCCCUCCUUCCAUCACCCCGCCCCAUUCUACCGCUUUCCAUCGCCCGGCCCCAUUCUACCGCUUUCCAUCACCCCGCCCCAUUCUCCCGCUUUCCAUCACCCCGCCCCGUUCUCCCACUUUCCAUCACCCCGCCCCAUUCUCCCGCUUUCCAUCACCCCGCCCCAUUCUCUCGCUUUCCAUCACCCCGCCCAUUCUCCUGCUUUCCAUCACCCUGCCCCAUUCUCUUGCUUUCCACCACCCUGCCCCAUUCUCCCGCUUUCCAUCACCCCGCCCCAUUUUCCCGCUUUCCAUCAACCCGCCCCAUUCUCCCGCUUUCCAUCACCCUGCCCCAAUCUACCGCUUUCCAUCACCCCACCCCAUUCUCCCUCCUUCCAUCACCCCGCCCCAUUCUCCCGCUUUCCAUCACCCCCCCCCCCCAUUCUCCCACUUUCCAUCACCCAGCCUCAUUCUCCCGCUUUCCAUCACCCCGCCCCAUUCUCCCGCUUUCCAUCACCCCGCCCCAUUCUCCCUCCUUCCAUCACCCCGCCCCAUUCUCCCUCCUUCCAUCACCCCGCCCCAUUCUCCCGCUUUCCAUCAGCCCGCCCAAUUCUCCCGCUUCCCAUAACCCCACCCCCGUCUCCCGCUUUCCAUCACCCCGCCACAUUCUCCUGCUUUCUAUCACCUCGCCCCAUUCUCCCUCCUUCCAUCACCCUGCCCCAUUCCCCGCUUUCCAUCACCCCGCCCCAUUCUCCCGCUUUCCAUCAUCCCGCCCCAUUCUCCCUCCUUCCAUCACCCCGCCCCAUUCUCCCGCUUUCCAUCACUCCGCCCCAUUCUCCCUCCUUCCAUCACCCCGCCCCAUUCUCCCUCCUUCCAUCACCCCGCCCCAUUCUCCCGCUUUCCAUCACCCCGCCCCAUUCUCCCGCUUCCCAUAACCCCACCCUAUUCUCCCGCUUUCCAUCACCCCGCCACAUUCUCCCACUUUCCAUCACCCCGCCCCCUUCUCUCUCCUUCCAUAACCCCGCCCCAUUCUCCCUCCUUCCAUCACCCCGCCCCAUUCUCCCGCUUUCCAUCAGCCCGCCCCAUUCUCCCGCUUUCCAUCACCCCUCCCCUGUCUCCCACUUUCCAUCAACCCGCCCCAUUCUCCCGCUUUCCAUCACCCCGCCCCAUUCUCCCUCUUUCCAUCACCCCUCCCCAUUCUCCCUCCUUCCAUCACCCCGCCCCAUUCUCUCGCUUUCCAUCACCCCGCCCCAUUCUCCCGCUUUCCAUCACCCCGCCCCAUUCUCCCGCGUUCCAUCACCCCAGCCCAUUCUUCCUCUUUCCAUCACCCCGCCCCAUUCUCCCGCUUCCAUCACCUCGCCCCAUUCUCCCUCAUUCCAUCACCCCGCCCCAUUCUCCCGCUUUCCAUCACACCCCUCCCCAUUCUCCUUCUAG